AAGCGCGUGACAUGGACGUUCGUUCCCGUCUGCUGCGCGGCCACGCGCAAAAGGGCGCGCCCGAGUGUUGUAUCAAGUGUGCGAGACCGAAGCACUGCAUCACAGCUCAUUCAAUUCCUAUCCAGACGCCGACUAGCAAAGACAAACAACCAUGGCCUCUGGAGUUACAGUGGAUGAGAACGUGUUGACGAUCUUCAAUGACAUGAAGGUCCGCAAGGCUAAUGUCAACGAGGAAGAGAAAAGCAAGAGGAAGAAGGCUGUUCUCUUCUGCCUGAGUGAUGACAAGAAGCAUAUCAUCAUGGAGGAGGGCAGUGAGAUCCUGCAGGGAGAAGAAGGAGAUCCCUACCUUAAGUUUGUCAAGAUGCUUCCUCCUAAUGACUGUCGCUACGCUCUCUACGAUGCCACAUAUGAGACUAAGGAGACCAAGAAAGAGGACCUUGUUUUCAUUUUCUGGGCCCCAGAAAGUGCCCCACUCAAAAGCAAGAUGAUAUACGCCAGCUCCAAGGAUGCCAUCAAGAAGAAGUUCACAGGUAUCAAGCACGAGUGGCAAGUGAACGGUUUAGAAGAUAUCAAGGACCGAAAGACCCUUGCUGAGAAGCUCGGAGGAGCGUCAGUGGUGACUCUCGAGGGCAAGCCUCUAAACGAUUGAGGCUGACACAUUUCAGGGGUUAGCUGUUCAUUCCAACAUGGGAGGGGGGGGCAGAUGGGCCAGAUGUUUGUGGGCCACGGGGUGGAUUAAUGUGGGUGGGGAGGGUUGGGUGAAAGUGACAGUUUCCAAACUCCACACAUGAAGAAAGAUGUAGGCUGUCAUUCCAAUUCACACAUACAAUGAUCAAGAACAAAAACAUAAGAGAAAAAAAAAGAUCUUAAAAGACAAAAACCAAGGAUGAUGAUUAUAAAAACAAAGUAAUAUAACUGUAAAUGUGUACUGGCAGGUUUUCGUUCUUUCUGGGUUCCAUUAGAUUGUUGAAAGGAAAGACUGAGACAGCAGCCGUGACAAUUCAGCUAUACAACAUACUAUGUUCUUAAGAUUUAACUUUUUUUUUUUUUGGGCCAAAAGUCUAGUUAAGUUUAUCUAAGUAUGUGUGUUGGAUGUAGAGGAUGAAGACUAGGUGUAGUACAAAAAUUACUACAAAAUCACACAAAGUUAUCGAACCAUUCUGGGAACACAAUUUACUCUUUCCUUCCCUCUUUUACUUUGAGCUCACAAGUCAUUUUAAUGAUUCCAUUUGAUUUAAAUAUUUCCAAAUGUAAUUCAAAAACUAUGGCACUGGUGUCAAGAAAUUUUACACAUUCCUUCUACCUGUAAAAUCUGGGACCUAGUGGGUGAGCGGUCUGUUGAUGAAUUGGAUUGAGUGGAUUGAUGGACACGUAUUAAGUUUAGAUGGAGCGAUAUAUUUGGUUAGCCUGUGUACAGAGCUUCGAUGGAUAUUGGUCAGUGGAUGUUUUGUAUCGUCUCCUUAUCUCUAAUAAAAAAAAGCACUAAACAA